AUGACUUCGUCCCCUUUGCUUCUCAUUGCUCCACAGCUCCACUCAGACGGGGACCGGGGUGACGGUAGCAUACGGUACGUCCUGACCGGGGACGGAGCCGGUAGUCUGUUCAUCAUCGAUGAGAACUCUGGGGAUAUCCAUGCCACUAAGAGAUUGGACCGGGAGGAGAAGGCCUACUACACGCUCCGGGCCAAGGCCGUCAACAGAAUCACUAACACCUCUCUAGAGGGAGAGUCAGAGUUUAUCAUCAAGAUCCAUGACAUCAACGACAAUGAGCCCAAGUUUACCAAGGACCCCUACUUCACAGAGGUACCUGAGAUGUCCCCAUUGGGUACGUAUGAGAGAAGUAGGCUACAGAGAACAGCCCUACAUCUAUCUCACUCACUUCUUACCAAAGACACCUACCAGGGCAGAAGUGGUUGAAAUGUUUCUAGUUGUCAAGUCAUAAUCAUCUCAACCAGUUUUGCCCUGUGUGUAUCUGUAACUCAUAGCCUGAUCGACCGUUGUUAAACAGUUCCACAGUUUAAAAACAGGGAUUUGAGAGGGGGAUUUGAUGCAGUCAGUGGUAAUAAUAUAUUCCAUACUUGUAGCUGCAAUGUACAGCAGGAUUAGAAUUGUUACAAACAAACGCCUAUCCUGUUGGAUCAAUGAGAGCUUUAUCAAUCAUAAUAAUGAGAGGAAAGAUUUUCUACAUCCCAAAUAGCACCCUAUUCCCUAUGUAGUGGACUACAUUUGACCAGGGCCCAUAGAGAAUAGGUUGCCAUUUGGGCAGUAAUUAAAUUAGAUUGAUUACAGGCCAUUAACUGUUUUAUUACAGCAAAACAAACAAUGUGAAGCGGCCCAAUGACGCUGAUUAUAUUAUAUACUUCAGCUAAUCUUUUGAAUACACUGUUCAGUUUUCAAUUACAACACAUUAAACAAUGGACGAAGCUGUCUGUUUUUGCCUAGUGUAUGUCAAUAAUGUAGUGGAAAUUCAAGACGAUGAAUCAUGCAGUUCAGAUAUGAGGUAUUCUUGGGUAUGUGAAGUAUACACUUAACACUAAAGAGUGAAAUUGGUCACAUAACACCGACAGGUGACAAACUGUCAGCCUGUUUACAACCUCUAAGUAAGAAAAGCAGUACUGCUGCGUACGGUGCUUGUGAGAUUUGUAUAGAGAAUAGGAAAAAUAUAUGUAUAGAGGGCAUAGAAUAAAUAGUAUGCGUCCCAAUUGGCAACCUAUUCCGUAUAUAGUGCACUAUUAUAUUUUUUAUUUUGGGGGGAAUAUGGUGCCAUUUGUGACGCCACAAACGACUUCAGUUCAGUCCAGUUCACUUUAUUGGCCUUAUUCAGGAAGUUGUCUUGAAUCUUGUGUUAUUGAGUGUUCCCCAACGCCCUCUGACUCCAUUCUAUGUGUAUAACUUUGCUCACCAAGUUACCCUCUUUUUUCUUCUCCUCCUUCCUUCCCUAGGCACGGUGGUGAUGCAGGUGACCGCUACAGACGCUGACGAUGCUACGUAUGGUAACAGUGCCAGGGUGGUCUACAGCAUCCUGCAAGGACAGCCAUACUUCUCUGUGGAGCUCAACACAGGUUAGUGUCAACAGACCCUGUUUUUCUGCUUUUCUGUAGACAGAAAGGAGAGGUAGGGUCAGUUCCAAUGCAAAUACAGAGUUCUAUCAUAUUUACCUUCUACAGUCUAUCUGUGGCUCAAGGGAGCAAUGUUCCCAGAGCGUGAACAAGGAACAGCACACAAGGUGCCAUUAACCUGCCUCACUGAAGAUUCAACUAGCACCUGAAAUGAACCCAAAUUCAUACUGCGAGUGAACCAGGAUAUGAACAGAUCACUACUCCGUCACUACCAUGGCUGGAGACUGUGUGUGUGUGCGUUCACCACGGCUAUUAACUCUCAUGUCAGACUGAAGAGACAUGACAGAAAAGAAGGGCAGAAUCUCCGCCAACCGCCGCUUUUCAAUCCCACUGCUCAGUCAUCACUGCUAUAUUUAAUCAUUUGUAAUGCGUGCUUUGGAACGGAUCUCGAAUGUGUUCUUUGCUUAAACAAAAGGGAAAUGGCAACUAAAAAAUAUAUUUGCAGAUUAGAGCAGGAUUAACAGUAAUAUGGUUUAUGCCAGAUGUGCCAUGUAAACUGACAUCCCCCCUACACAAAGGCAGGCUUGGACAUCAUAAGCAUGAUUCUCUCUCUCGCUCACCUCUAUGUUUCGCUCCUCCCCUGCUGCCACAUCCUAUGUGAUGAAAGAGCAAGAUGAGAGUUCUAUACCCCUGCGUUCACCGUGCGUUUCACCAACACUGCUCAGAACUAGGUUUGAAUGAUGUGCACCAUCAGCCCUCACAUCCCCUAUUGUUUGAUAUUCAAUUAAUUUCCUCUUUAGAAAAAUAGUUUGUAACCUGUGAACUCUGUCAAUGCAAUAUAUUUGGUGUUUUUUUCCUCUUCUGCUGUAAUCUACUGUAACAUAGUCUCUGUAGUUGUGAUGCUUCAAAUGUAGAACAUGUAAUGGAUGACAAAAGCCACGGCAGCUCAAUGUCUGACAGACAGACAGGAGGAGAGGAGAAGGAAGCAGAGAGCUGCUUUUAAUACAGUCAAUUAGAGUAUCACUGAACCUCUGUCCUGACUUCAAAACUAGAGAUCAAACAUGUUAACCUAUAUAGAAUGCAACUGUACUGUAUACCAGAGAAAGACAGAGCAUCUCCAUUCACCUUAAUGUCUUUGUCUGAGCUCUAAAUAACUGUGCAAAAGUUAUGUUUUGUGCAUCAUACACUUGGAAAAAUGUAAAGCAAUGAUACAACUUUACAUACAAACAUACAUACAUGCAUACAAACUUUACGUUUAGUCAUUUAGCAGACGCUCUUAUCCAGAAUGACUUACAGUUAGUGCAUUCAUCAUAAGGUAGCUAGGUAAGACAACCACAUCACAGUCAAACAACUUAAGAAAAGACAAGUGCAAGUGUUAGUGCAAUAAAUAUCUAUAUCGAUCAGAAGUAUCUAAUCUUACAUCUCUCUGGGCGUCUGUCCUGACUGUCUGUCCUUUUCUUUCAGGUGUGAUCAAGACAGCCCUGCCUAACAUGGACAGGGAGACCAAGGAGAACUAUGUGGUUGUGAUCCUGGCUAAAGACAUGGCUGGACAGAUGGGUGGGUUAUCAGGGACCACCACAGUCAGCAUUACCCUCUCUGAUGUCAAUGACAACCCACCACGCUUCCCCAAGAGUGAGUAUAGUGCACACAAACAGACAGAUGUGUGUACGCGCAUGCACUCACUCACUCAUUCACUCACUCACACACACACACACACACACACACACACACACACACACACACACACACAUACACACACGCAGGGAUGCGCACACACACACACGUGCACCCAUUCUCACACACACACGCAUCAGUCCCCUGAAUAUAAAACCCAGUUCACUAUACAGGCUUGUGCCAACCAGGCAGCCUCCAUCUGGUGCCAAUUUCAAAAUGAAUGUGGAUUAUUGCAGCAAGUAUUACUGUGCUGCUGUGGCAUGUGUGUGUGUGUGUGCGCGCGUAUGUGCGUGCGUGUGGCAGCGCCACUCUCUUGAAGGCUUGGCAUAAUUAAAUGUAGAGCCAUAUGAGAGAGUGAAGGGUCCUGCACAGUGCAUCAGAUCAGCCUGCUAAUCCCUAUUAAAUGAAAAGAGUACACUGUGGGUUUUAUCUUCUUCACUCUCUCUCUGUCGCUCUGUCGCUCUCUCUCUCUCUCUCUCUCUCUCUCUCGCUCUCUCUCUCGGCUACUGUCCUUUGUUUCUAGUUUUUUACUCCUUCCUCGUCCUCUCUUUCAGAGUGUUUCUUUUGCCAUUCAUCUUUUUCUCCCACCCCCUUCUCUCCCACUUUCCCUCAAUCUCCUCUCAAACACUGUCUCCUGUCCCUCUCUGGUGCAUCUGGCAAAUUGCAAAGGCAGCUGCAUCAGAUUGACAGAUUACUGGUGUCAUUUUGUUUCCCCUCAAUAACACCAGUGUGUGUGCUUCUGUGUCUCUGUGUUUAUCUUUGUGUGUUUGCGUGUGUGCGUGUGUGUGUGUGUGGGCGUGUUACACUUGGAUAUAAUCAAUGCAUACAAGCCAAAUAGCUCUUCACAUCACAAAAUGCACACAAACGUAGAGACCCUGCCUCCAUUUAUCACCCUCUCCAACAGGGAGACAAACACUGUCACUGCACCUCACCUCAAUGGACAGAACAGGAAGGGAGGGAUGGAGGGGGUAAAGACGGAUAGAAAGGAAGAGAAGUUGAGGUGGGGAGGAAUAAAUGGAGGGAGGGAUGAAGAGAGGGGGCAGGGAGAAAAAGAAAGACAGAGUGAGAGCAAGUGGAUAUUGUAAUGAGACACCCAGUGUCAGGCAGCGAUAUAAUUUGUUUAUAUUAUACCUCUCAACCCAAUACUAAAUACUUGUUAGCCUGGGAAACUUCUCCAUAGUGGGAUGUGUGUGUGUGUAUGUGUGUGUGUGUGUGUAUGUGUGUGUGGUUUUACUGUCCUUGUGGAGACCAGAAAUCCUCACAAGUAUAGUAAAACAAGGAAAAUUCUGACAAGUGGGGAUAUUUCGCCGGUCCCCACAAGGAAAAAGGCUAUUUUAGGCUUAGUGGUUACAAAUAGGGUUAGAAGUUAUGGUUAGGGGUUAAGGUUAGGGUUAGGUUAAGUGUUAGGGAAAAUAGGAUAUUGAAUGGGAAUUAAUUGUUUGGUCCCCACAAGGAUAUUAAAACAAACAUGUCUGAGUGUGUGUAUGUGUGUGUGUGCUUUUGUUGGUGUGUGUGUACACUUGCAUGUGUGCAUGCAAGAUGUGUGUGUGGGACCUGCCGACUCAGGCGUUGCCAGAACGAUGUCAGCAUGUUUUAUAAGGGUGUCAGUGGUGUUUGUCUAUGCAGCCUGUGUAUAUCACGUCCAUCCCUCUGCAGACUAGACCAGCUAUUUAUUUAAGCAUAUGAGAUACAGUGGGGUGCUCGAGCUGGCAGACAGGGACGCAUCAAUUUAUCUGGCUCAAACCAGGAAAUCAUCUGGUGAAAAUAACUAGCUACAUUUGAAGUUGGAAGUUUACAUACACUUAGGUUGGAGUCAUUAAAACUCGGUUUUCAAAUGGACAAUGACCCCAAGUAUACUUUCAAAGUUGUGGCAAAAUCGCUUAAGGACAACAAAGUCAAGGUAUUGGAGUGGCCAUCACAAAGCCCUGACCUCAAUCCUAUAGAACAUUUGUGGGCAGAACUGAAAAGGCGUGUGCGAGCAAGGAGGCCUACAAACCUGACUCAGUUACACCAGCUCUGUCAGGAGGAAUGGGCCAAAAUACACCCAACUUAUUGUGGGAAGCUUGUGGAAGGCUACCCGACACGUUUGACCCAAGUUAAACAAUUUUAAAGGCAAUGCUACCAAAUACUAAUUGAGUGUAUGUAAACUUCUGACCCACUGGGAAUGUGAUGAAAGAAAUAAAAGCUGAAAUAAAUCAUUCUCUCUACUAUUAUUCUGACAUUUCACAUUCUUAAAAUAAAGUGGUGAUCCUAACUGACCUAAGGCAGGGAAUUUUUACUAGGAUUACAUGUCAGGAAUUGUGAAAAACUGAGUUUAAAUGUAUUUGGCUAAGGUGUAUGUAACCUUCCGACUUCAACUGUAUGUAUGGGCCAAUGUAUUCACGUUGAAUAAAUUAUGCAUGAUUUAUUGAUGUUGGCUUUUAAGAUGUACUUAAAAGUAUGAAUUUAGGAGUUGAUCCAGGUGUUACAGAUGAAAAAAACAACAAUAACGAAUGUGUGUGUGUCUUUCCUCCAGGUCUGUAUGAGUUCAAAGCUCCCGAGUCGACAGAGCCGGGCUCGACAGUGGCCGUGCUGCGAGCUACGGACGCUGACAUCGGCAGGAACGCUGAGAUGAACUACCGAAUCACCAGCAGCGAUGGCCCCGCCAUGUUCGACAUCUCAACCAAUAGGAGCACACAGGAUGGUGUCAUCACCCUCAGGAAGGUCAGUGAUUGGCUGGAUUCCAAAUCUACCACUAGCAUAUGUCUCUAGUCCCUAUUCCUUAGCCCCUAAUCCCUAGGACACUCCUUCAGAAUGGCUCGAUUCCAAAUCACUCCUAGUCCCUCGUUCAUGGUUCAAUCGACCCUACUCCCUAGGUGUUAUCACACUCAGAAAUGUCAGUAUGGCUGGAUUCCAAAUUGAACCGUAACCUCUAUAGACACUAGACCAAGGUUUCCCAAACUCGUUCCUCGGGACCCCAAGGGGUGCACGUUUUCGUUUUUGGCAUAGCGCUACACAGCUGACAAAAAUAAUCAACUAAUCCUCCAGCUUUGAUAACUGAGUCAGCUGUGUAGUGUUUGGGCAAAAACCAAAACGUGCACUCCUUGGGGUCCCGAGGACCUAGUUUGGGAAACGCUGCGCUAGACCCUACUACCGUGUACACUCGUUCAAUAUGUCUGGAUUCCCAAUCCACCCCUAGCCGGUACUCCCAGGGCCCUAAAAGUAUCUGAUAGAUUUAAGUGAUAUGGUAACUGCUUCACCUUGCCUUUCUAAUGGUUGGUUUUUGCUACAUUGCUAUCUAGUCGUGUCAGAUUGUACAUUCACAUGCUCAGAUAGGAUGUAUUCUUAGUCACGGUUUCUGAGUGCAGAUCAGAUUGAUGCUAGGUAUUUAUUUCACCAGAACCAGCCAGUGGUCCUCUGGGUGCUCUGAGCUAUAGUAUGUUUUGACAUAUUAAACAGAAUCAGAUUGUUGCUUUAUCAAGCGCCCCCUUAUCCCCUAGUGUGACUUUAAAUCGAUCACGUCACUUCCACCAGGUCAUCAUUGAGUGGAGGGAGAUGUAAUUACCUUCUGCUGAUGCUAAUGUUGUAAUGAUAUUGGAGGGAUCUAAGUGCGCUCUCUCUCUCUCUCUCUCUGUGUGUUUGUGCGGGCUCGUGCAUGUUAUUGUGUUUGUGUAUAGGGUCUGGUACAUCCGAGCCUACUUUAAUUAAAUGGCUCAUCUAGGUAAAGGGCAUGCCAUUUCUCCUGUACCGCUCACACUGUCACCGAACAACACAUGUUCAUGUUGAAAUCAUCAAACCCCUGUCUUGAGGUAAAGCCAAGCAGGACAAAAUCAAUCAACGAUAUAUUGAGUUUGAAGGGUCAUAUCAAAUGACUGUAUUUCUUUGAUAUCAAGUUCGGUACAGGCAGACAGUGGCCAGUUGAAAGCUCAUUGGCAUCGAAAAACCUGCACGGAUGCACAUACGCACACACAACUCUCUGGUUAAAUGACUGCAUUUGAUUUGGCAGUAGCUCCCUCACAGCUAAAGUCACACGUCAGAUGUGUUCUCUCCAGACAGCAUUGGUGUGAUGACACUCUUAAAGAUGAAGCACAGAGCCAGAGGUUUCAUCCCAUGGCUAGAGUUUCCAUAGCAUAUACCAGUAAUGUCCUUUCAAAUCCAUGAAGGGAAGAAUAAUAAUAAUAAUAAUACAUGGUAUUUAUAUAACGCUUUUCAUGAACCCAAAGUCGCUUAGAAGCGAACAAGUGCACACUUCAGGAGAAAGGAGAGAUUAUUGGGAUGCUCACAGAUAGAGAGAAGAGGAGGGAGCUUUAAACCUUUUUUACACCGCAUACCUGAGUUCAUUUACUAAAGACAGAAUAUAAUAAUCAUUUUGUGGUGCUUAUAUUUGUCCUAUUUUCACACACGCAUGUGUGAAUUGGAAAUGUUUUUUGCAAUCCCAACUCUCCCUGAGACACCCUCUGAGAGUGGGGUCACUGCCAGGGGCUGCCAUUAUCAACAGCGACCUUGGAACAAUUAGGGUUAAGUGCCAUGCUCAAGGGCACAUCAACAGAUUUUUCACCUUGUCGGCUUGGGGAUUUUAACUAGUGUAAUGUAAUAUAGAAAUCGCCAUUAGCUGGAGUCACCAUUUAGUUUGGUGGAAAUUAUCCAACCAAUUAUGUAGGUUGGUGGAAAUCCCCAUCGACUGAGAAUGAGGGGUCUCCAUUAUGUAGAUACUGUCACGAUCGUCGUAUGGAGUAGACCAAUGCGCAGCGUUAGUUGCGAACAUACUUCUUUAUUAAGUGAAAGCACGAACAAAACAAGAAAACGAUAACGUGACAGUCAACGGUCAACGGUCAAACACAAACCAACUCGAACAAGAUCCCACAAAUACAAAGGGAAAACAGACAGUUUAAAUAUGGCUCCCAAUCAGAGACAACCAGCCACAGCUGACACUCGUUGCCUCUGAUUGGGAGUCACUCUAGCCAACAUAGAAACAGCACAACUAGAACUCCCAACAUAGAAAUACACCACAUAGAAUGACGACACCCUGGCUCAACAUAUAGAGUCCCAGAGCCCGGGUGUGACAGUACCCCCCCUAAAGGCGCGGACUGCGACCGCGCCUCAACUUGAACAAAACAGGGGAGGGCUGGGUGGGCAUUCCUCCUCGGCGGCGGUUCUGGCUCCGGGCUUGCCCACCACCCUCCAAUAAUCCCCCCAUAGCGCCCCUGGUCCGAUCUGGCCCCGCUGGCUGGAGCUGAACUGGACAUAGUAGGAGCGGAUAGCUUCAGCUCCGGUGUGGAGCAGCCGACCGGUACCUGAUCAGGCACCGGUGACCCAGGCACGGGUUGUGCCGGACUGACAACGCGCACCCCUGGCUUGGUGCGUGGAGCAGGAACGGACCGGACCGGGCUGACGAUACGCACCCCUGGCUUGGUGCGUAGAGCAGGAACGGUCCUUACCAGGCUGACGACUCGCACCCCUGGCUUGGUGCGUGGAGCAGCAACGGGCCGGACCGGGCUGACGACUCGCACCCCUGGCUUGGUGCGUGGAGGAGGAACGGGCCUUACCAGGCUGAAGACUCGCACCCCUGGCUUGGUGCGUGGAGCAGCAACGGGCCGGACCGGGCUGACGAUGCGCACCCCUGGCUUGGUGCGUGGAGCCGGAACGGGCCUUACCGGGCUGACGACUCGCACCCCUGGCUUGGUGCGAGUAGCAGGAACGGGCUGGACCAGGCUGACGACUCGCACCCCUGGCUUGGUGCGAGUGGCAGGAACGGGCUGGACCGGGCUGACGAUGCGCACCCCUGGCUUGGUGCGUGGAGCAGCAACGGGCCGGACCGGGCUGACGACUCGCACCCCUGGCUUGGUGCGUGGAGGAGGAACGGGCCUUACCAGGCUGAAGACUCGCACCCCUGGCUUGGUGCGUGGAGCAGCAACGGGCCGGACCGGGCUGACGAUGCGCACCCCUGGCUUGGUGCGUGGAGCCGGAACGGGCCUUACCGGGCUGACGACUCGCACCCCUGGCUUGGUGCGAGUAGCAGGAACGGGCUGGACCAGGCUGACGACUCGCACCCCUGGCUUGGUGCGAGUGGCAGGAACGGGCUGGACCGGGCUGACGAUGCGCACCCCUGGCUUGGUGCGUGGAGCCGGAACAGGCCGGGCCGGGCUGGCGACGCGCACCGUACACUUGGUGCGAGGGGCAGGAACAGGCCGGGCCGGGCUGGCGACGCGCACCGUACACUUGGUGCGAGGGGCAGGAACAGGCCGGGCUGGCGACGCACACCGUAGGCUUGGUGCGAGGGGCAGGAACAGGCCGGGCCGGGCUGGCGACGCACACCGUAGGCUUGGUGCGAGGGGCAGGAACAGGCCGGGCCGGGCUGGCGACGCGCACCGUACACUUGGUGCGAGGGGCAGGAACAGGCCGGGCCGUGCUGGCGACGCGCACCGUACACUUGGUGCGAGGGGCAGGAACAGGCCGGACCGUACUGGGGACACACACCACUGGCUCUACACCGGGAUCUGGAACGGGCCGGACCGGACUGGUAACACACCCCAGUACCUCUCGCCGUGCCUCUACACCUUCCUUCCCUUCCUUGACCAGUGACCCCCGUAACCUGGUGGCCUUCUGAAUUCGCCCCUUGUCUGCCUCCGUCAGCCCCGUCGUCCAUGCCCUGUGCCCCCCCCCUAAAAUUUUUUUGGGGUUGCCUCUCGUCCGUCCGACGACGACACUGAUUACGCCGUUGCUCCUCUCUCCGUCGCGCCUCUACCGUCUCACUCCAUGGCCGGCGAUCCAUCCCGGCCAGGAUUUCCUCCCAGGUCCAGGACCCCUGCCCGUCCAAGAUCUGCUCCCACGUCCAGGUUGCCUGCUCCUGGACACGCUGCUUGGUCCUGGUAUGGUGGGAUCUUCUGUCACGAUCGUCGUAUGGAGUAGACCAAUGCGCAGCGUUAGUUGCGAACAUACUUCUUUAUUAAGUGAAAGCACGAACAAAACAAGAAAACGAUAACGUGACAGUCAACGGUCAAACGCAAACCAACUCGAACAAGAUCCCACAAAUACAAAGGGAAAACAGACAGUUUAAAUAUGGCUCCCAAUCAGAGACAACCAGCCACAGCUGACACUCGUUGCCUCUGAUUGGGAGUCACUCUAGCCAACAUAGAAACAGCACAACUAGAACUCCCAACAUAGAAAUACACCACAUAGAAUGACCACACCCUGGCUCAACAUAUAGAGUCCCAGAGCCCGGGUGUGACAGAUACUGUAUGUAAAAAUUAUGUUGAAUAAUAAUAAACUACAUUUAUCAAUCUGACUCCAUUAUUAUGUGAAUGCUAUAGGCCCAUAACCAUAUCCAGUGGGUAUAGCUAAGGUUGCGAGCCUUGCAUCACCACUCGGAAUACUAUAAGAUACACGUGUCUAUGUUUACAGUUAUGCAAUUACCGUAUUAAGAGGCUGAGGAACAAGGAGCUAAUAUUUUGUAAUCAAUGUCCUAGCAUUAAAUGAUUGAGUUAACCUCAGCUCAGAGAUGCACAGUUAGAGACCAAGCAUACUGUAAAUGCUAUGUGUAUAGUGUAAUUAACAACUAUCAAUAGACCUACUAAAUUAUAGGCAUAUAGUCAAUCAAAUAAUUACUCUGUAAAACGAGGAAUGCAUUUACUCAAUUCAACUAAUGGAAUGUAUUACGAAAUAAUUGACACUCAAACAAUUACAGUGCACAUGAAAUACAUGAUACAUUACAAAAUAACACAGCCUAUUGGUGAUAGUCAUUUACUCUAAGACUUAAUGUGGUUACAUGACUUCAGUUCAGAAUCAUCUCUAAGACAAAAGACAACUCAAUUUGAAUGUUAUGACCAGACAACAGGAAUGUGCCUGAUAACCAGUCAACCCAACAUACAAUUUCAAUCCAGUCACUUUAAAAAUACAUCAACCAGAAAACAUACAAUGGAAUAAGACAUAUCAAAAUGUGUAGCUCUUUAUUCAAGUCAUCAUUUCAUCAUCAGUCUUCACACUUCUCCUGGUGACAGUGACCCUAGGAUUUCUGCAAGAACAUCUCAUCCUGGAGAUUGCCAUGUCAAAGGUGACUCUCUCCUGUGAGAUGCAAAUAUACAGCCAUCCAUCCGGACAAUGCCAUAUUGAAUCAACACACCAGGCUUGCGUCAGCAAGUCACUAGUCGCGAGUGUAUCACCUUCUCACGUUCUUCUACUACACUAGCAACAUUUUGGUUUCUUACUGGCCCAACGCUCUAGCCACUAGGCUCCCUGCCACCCCAGACAAAGGAAAGCACCCAGACACAGAAAAAGAGGGAGAGGUUGAGUCACACUGAAUUAAUUCAAUUGUUGAUAUUGUGUGUGUCUUCGACGAGGAGUGUGUUGCAUGUCACAGGAUUUGUCUGUGUGAGAGGAGAAAGAAAGUGAAAUAAAAAUGUGUCAACUGACGAGGGACAGAGAGGUUGAGUCACACUGAAUCAAUUCAAUUGUUGAUAGAGUGCACAUUAUUUGGUGUGUCUGUGUGUCUGUGCGUGUGUGUGUGUUGCUUAGACGAGGAGGGUGUUGCAUGUCACAGGAUUUGUCUGUGUGAAAAGGAAAGAAAGUGGCGAGUGAGUGUGUGUGAGUUGUUAACCCUCUCUUCUCCAUUCUCCCUCUGUCUCCUCAGUCUCUGGACUUUGAGAGGAAGCGGUCCUACACUCUAAGGAUCCAGGUUGAGAACUCCAACCCUGACCCUCGGUUCCUGCGCUAUGCGGCGACCACGGACGGGGCGACGGUCAAACUGAUCGUGGAGGAUGUGGAUGAGCCGCCCGUGUUCGACCGGGUCAGCUACAUCAUGGAGGUCAAAGAGGACGUGGCAGUAGGCACCAUCAUCGGAUCAGUCAGCGCCACAGAUCCAGACAGCAGCCGCAGUCCAGUCAGGUACUAUGUACGCACACAAACACACACACACACACACACACACACUUAUCUGCUGUUAUUAAUCAGCCAGGGGCCAGGCCCAGCCAACUGAAUUAUAGAGAAUAUUAGAAAGGCAAUUAGCACCCCAACAGCAACAGAUUUAACAAGCUUAGACUUACUGUCGGAAACGAGGGGGGCAAAUAGUGUGUCUGUGUGUGUCUGUACGUGUGUGUGUGUGUGUCUGUGAGUGUGUAGGGGGCAUUUAGAUAGAUAGAUAGAUAGAUGAUAAUAGAUAGAUAGAUAGAUAGAUUAGAUGUUAUGAUAGAUCUAGAUAGAUAGAUCGAUAGAUACGAUAGAUAGAUCUGAUAGCUAGAUAGAUGAUAAUAGAUAGAUCUUAGCUGCUAGCUCGCUCGCUAUAGCUCGACUGCUAGCUCGCUAGCUAGAUCUCGCAGCUCGCUCGAUCGCUCUAUCGCUCGCCCGAUCGCUCGAUCGCUCGCUAGCUCUCUCGAUCGUCCUCUGCCUGAACGGUUGGUUGUUCAGAAAAAAUGACUAAAAAUAGUGGUUGUGAAAGGAGAGAGUGGAAGAGGGUGGAGAUGGGAGAGGAAGAGAGGAGGGAUUGGGGUAGGGGUGCGGUGGUACAUGGUACCUGAGCGACUGAUCGCCCUGGUUCACAUUUGUCUUCCCCCUGGGGGUAUGCUUCCCUCCUCCGCUCCCCUUCCCUCUUCUCCCCAUCAACAUCUGCAACCAAAUGACACCCUAUGGGCCCUGGUCAAAAGUAGUGCACUAUAUAGGAAAUAGGGUGCAUUUGGGACAUAGCCUACAUCCGCUCCUCCAUUAAUCAAACUGAUAUAUAACACUCGUUCUCAGGAAGUGGAGAAACACAACACAACUGGAUUACCUGUGUGUGUGUGUCUGUUUGUGUGUAUCUGUGUGUGUGUGGGUGCACAUAAAUGUUGUGUGUGUGUGUGCGUGCAUGCACAUUCAUUUUGUAUGUGUAUGCGUACAUGUGCAUGCAUUCGUGUGUGUGUGUGUGUGUGUGUGUGUGUGUGUGUCCAAACAGCCAUUACACUUCACCAUGAUAGCAUAGAUACAAUUUGUUGGAGUCGUUCUAUUUUUUACCGAACGACCGGACCACAACUGUCAGUCAUCCAAAUUGCUUUCAAAUUGGAUGAUAAAUGUAGCAAUAGGAUGUAUUGUUGUGAUACUGCUGCACUGGUUUUGUGCAGACAAAGACAGGGUGCAUAAUAUUCCUGUGAAAGUGAGGAAGCUUAUUUUUGUUGUUUGUGUUUUGCAGGUACUCCUAAUACACUGCCCCACAGCCAAAGACAUGGUGAGAAAGAGAGGAAGCUUAUACUUGUUUGCUAUGUGCAGGUACUCUAUUGACCGGCGUACAGACAUGGACAGGGUGUUCAAUGUGCACCCGGGCAACGGCUCAGUGUUCAUGCUGAGGACUCUGGACAGAGAGGACAACGCCUGGCACAACAUCUCUGUCAUCGCCACUGAGUUCAGUAAGUACCAUGUUGAUCAUCGAUGUACGUGUGUGUUUGUGUGCGUGCGUGUGUGUGUGUGUGGUGAAUUACUACAGUACUUUCUAGUUACAUGUACAGUACUAUGAGCAGUUGAGUUAGCAUCAUUGUAUCAGCAAGACAUCUCAAAAUCAAAUAUGGACCUUGAAGCCAGUUCCACAUGUUUUUAUGUUUUAUUCUUCCUCUGUAAUCAUGGACUGAUUCAGACCUGGGAUACCAGAUCGGUGCAAUUAGUUAUCAGGUACUACAAAAUACCAGCAUUACUCCAGACCUCGUAGGGCAGUUCUUCCCAAUUUAUUUAUUUUCCAUUUGUUCAUCUCCCCCUUCUGGGGUCGCGCCACUGUCGUAGUGUAGCAGGGGUAUUCAGAUCUUACACUAUGCGGUCAUGACUACUGCUGGUUUUCUGUUCUACCUGAUACAUUUUUGUACCCACUUGCUGUCGCAGGUCUAAAUCAGUGGAACUGGCUUCAAUGUCUAGAUUUGAAUUUGAGGGACCUACACCAAGGUGCUUUCCGAGACACAGAACAGUAUCAUAAUCGUAUCAAGGCAGUUAUUGUAUUUUACUUGGUGUUGUUAUUAAAUGUCAUGUCCCUGUGUUCCACAGACAACCCACGGCUGAUGAGCCGUGUACCAGUAUAUGUUAGAGUACUGGACGUUAAUGACAACGCUCCUACGUUCGCCACUUACUACGAGACAUUCGUCUGUGAAAAUGCCAAGGCUAACCAGGUAAACAAUGUACUAUUAUUUUAAACCACUACAGCAGGUCUUCUUUGCCACCUAAGGUCCCCAACUGAUCUAACAUUUAUCAGUUUAGAACCUUCAUCAGUUAACACAUUUGUCUUGUUCCUCGAGAUAAAAUAUGUUAUCCGUGCUUGAUCAUAUUUGUCAUACCUUUUUAAGAGGAUUCAGACAGUGAGUGCUACAGACGCUGACAAGCCUAUUGGUGGACACAGGUUCUUCUUCAGUCUAGCACAUGAGGCUUCUGUGAAAGCCAACUUUACCGUCAGAGACAAUAAAGGUACAUGCGCUUCCUCCUGUAGAACAACAGUUGACACACAUUUAAUUGUCAGUGUCUUUGAUUUUGUGUAUUCAUAACAUAUGUAUUCCACAGCAGUCAUGAUCACAAUUAAGCACACUCUAAUAUAAUAUUGAAGGCCAUACAUUUGAGACAAGAUAAAUUGAAAGAAAACAAGCCUCUUAAAAAAUUGGUGAACGUUCCCCCAUCUAACUUGUAUAGUAGCUAACUCUAACACUUUUCUCUCCAACAGACAACACGGCAGGUAUCCUGACCAGACGGAACAGCUAUAGCCGGCUACAGAGGAGUACCUACCUGGUUCCCGUGGUGAUCUCGGACGGCGACUUCCCCAUGCAGAGCAGCACCAACACCCUGACGGUGCGCGUUUGUACAUGUGACCGCGAGGGGAACAUGCAGCUGUGUAACCAGGAAGCUCUGGUCCUCACCACAGGGCUCAGCACUGGAGCCCUCAUGGCCAUCAUUGUCUGUGUCCUCAUACUGCUCAGUGAGUAAUGUACAAUUCAGUUCAAUAAAAAAAAAAUAGCUUUAUUGUCCAUAUAUUUUUUUACAUGACAGAACAUUUUCUUUGGCAUGUGGCUUACAUAGAGCACAUUAAAAGCAUCAAUCACAACAACACACAUAAAUGAUAAGUAUCACAUUCAGAGGACAUUGACUUACGCCAUGUCAUAUUCUGAUCUCUGUUAGCCAAACCUAUCCAUGCUCUUUAUUUAUUUGUGUUCUUCACUGCAACUGCACUGUGCUAGAUAGAUGGUACAAAUCCAGACCACACGUCCUAUGUGGCAGCUCAAGCCUGUCUCAGCCCACCAAAGUACAUCAGUGAGUGUAUCAUAUAUUCACACCACCAAUGGUUCCCAACAGACAAUAGCUAUCCUUCAGAAAAUAGAGGAACCCAGGAAGGAAAAAUAACAAAAGUUACACUGCCUUUCUUUGUCUUGUUUCUGGAGUGAUCAUGAUCGAUGCAUUCCACAUUGUCGAAGCAUACUCCUCUCCUUUCCUUUGCUCAGCUCUCCUUUCCUUUCCUCGCCUCUCCUAUCCCAUCUCAUACUCAAGUUCUUCUCUCUCUUUCCCUCUCUCUUUGUGUCUAUAGUGAUCGUGGUGCUGUUCGCUGCCCUGAGGAGGCAGCAGAGGAAGAAGGAGCCUCUGAUCAUCUCCAAAGAGGAUGUGAGAGACAACGUCGUCAGCUACAACGAUGAAGGGGGCGGAGAGGAGGACACCCAGGCCUUUGAUAUCGGCACGCUGCGUAACCCAGAGGCCACAGAGGAGAGCAAACAGCGCAGGGACAUUAAGCCCGAGACCCUGCACCCUCCCGUCCGUCGGACUGUGAUCCUUCCCCCGGCCCACAGGGACAACGCGGACGUCAGGAACUUCAUAAACCAAAGGCUUCAGGAUAACGACCAGGACCCCACCGCGCCGCCCUACGACUCCCUGGCCACCUACGCCUACGAGGGGAGCGGCUCGGUUGCUGAGUCCCUCAGCUCCCUGGGCUCCAUGACCACAGAAGUAGACCAGGACUAUAACUACCUGAGCGAGUGGGGACCCAGGUUUAAGAAACUAGCUGACAUGUAUGGGGGAGAGGACAGUGAUGGCUGCAGGGAUUCCUAA